AUGCGCAUCUACGAGAGCGGCCUUGACCGCACUCCCGACACACCCACUAUAUCCAACACAUCCACCGUGCACACCCCCACCCUCGUUCCAUCCGUCCGCGACACCACCACCACCGCCGCCUCCUCUGUAGCUGACACUGACACCGCCGACUUCUCAUGCCCACACUGUCCACGCACAUUCACCUCACGCAUCAGCCUGGUCGGUCACUUGCGAUCCCAUCGCACAGAGACUGGCGAACCAAUGCCUGGAGCACCCACCUAUACCCACCAAGCUCGUCUCAACUGCCCACACUGUCCUCGCACUUUCAGGCAUCGCAUGAGCCUAUUCGGCCACAUGCGCAUCCACGACGACCUGCGGUAG